CUUCCCUCUCUCCCUCCCUCUCUCUUUCGCUCUCCCACACGGACGCGGCAUAUCUCCUCUUCACCAGCCACCGUGCGUGCCGGGGCUGACGCGUGUACCCGCAUACGGAGUGCGGACCGCGGAGCGUCGUUGCGCGCAUCCUCGCUUAAUUUUCUUCCUGAUAGCCGAGUCUACAAUUUUCCAAUUUUGACGCAGACAGGCAGAGAGGCUUUGGAGGUCUCUGUCUUUUCAUGUGAAAGAGCAUUCUCGGUCCCUGCAGGAAACUAAGAGACUAUUUCGGAAUAUGGUAUCUCUGCGUGGUAAUGCCAUGUGACAAGGCUUUUCAUUAGUCUGUUCCCCUCCAACAGAAGUCGCUGUGUGUUCUUGCGUUGGUGAUAUUUAAAGGGGGGGGGUAAGUGAACGUGAAAUAAUACAACAAAAUCUCCUGCAGUGAAAAUGGAAGUUUUGGCUGUCGGUUUGAUCCGCUGAAGCUGAAGCUGCUGCUGCUGGUGGAGGUUCGGUGAUUGGUGCAGGAGGGGGAAACUGCGUCGCCAGCUCUGAACGGCUGGGAAUCACGGGUCAUUAUAACAGUACCUGCUUUUUAAAAAAGAUAACUAGGUUUUCCCAUCACGUCAUCGAAUGGUAAAAUAUUAAUUCCUUUUAAUGAGCGACCAAAUCCUCCAGCCCCUCAGUUCACCUUAACGCAGCAGCGUUUGGAUGUGGUCUGUUUCCUCUGCGGCUCAGCGUCUCUCCGCUCGUCCUGAACAUGAUUUAAUGUUUGGAGCAAUUUCAACAGGGUACCAGGCUGUGACUACCGGGGAAUCUCUACUUUAUUUUCCUCCACGGACAAGCAAUCCCACACACGGCAGAGAUUACAGGGAAUUUCCUUAACCGCCCUACAGAUGGACUAAAAAAGAAGCCCACGGUUUCAGGAUUUUAACUCUGAUCGCUCUCGCCCAGAGAGCUAUUGGCUUUCUCUGAUUUUUUUUGGGGUGGAAAUAUUUCUGGACAACAUGAAAGUUAUCUCGGUUAUGUUGCUUGUCGCCGUGUUUUGGAGCCAGGAGUGGAAGUCGGCGCUCUCGGAUUCAAUCAUCCACAUCGGGGCCAUCUUUGACGAGUCGGCACGGAAAGAUGACGAGGUGUUUCGCCUUGCUGUGGCCGAUCUCAAUCUGAACAACGAGAUCUUGGAGACGGAGAAGAUCACCAUCUCUGUGGAGUUCGUUGACGGGAACAACCCCUUCCAGGCGGUGCAAGAAGCCUGUGAGCUGAUGAACCGUGGUAUCCUGGCUCUGGUCAGCUCUAUCGGCUGCAUGUCAGCAGGAAGCCUUCAGACUCUGGCCGAUGCCAUGCACAUCCCCCACCUCUUUAUCCAGCGGUCCCCAGCGGGAUCACCCCGAUCCUCCUGCCCACAAACCAGUCGGGUUCCUGGAACAGAUGACUAUACCCUAAUGGUCCGCCCACCCGUCUAUCUCAAUGAGGUCAUCAUGCAGGUGGUGUCUGAGUACAGCUGGCAGAAGUUCAUCGUCUUCUAUGAUUCCGAUUUCGAUAUCCGUGGUAUUGAGGAUUUCCUGGACCGGACAUCUCAGCAGGGUAUGGACGUGUCCCUUCAGAAGGUGGAAUCUAACAUCAACAUGAUGAUCACAAGUAUGUUCAGGACAAUGCGUGUGGAGGAGCUGCACCGCUACAGGGACACACUACGCAGAGCCGUGCUGUUCAUGAGCCCUGCUACCGCCAAGGCCUUCAUCACUGAGGUGGUGGAGACCAACUUGGUAGCCUUCGAUUGUCACUGGAUCCUGAUUAAUGAGGAGCUCUCCGACUACGACUUGCAGGAGUUAGUCAUGAAGUCAAUCGGCCGGCUGACGUUGGUGCGGCAGACGUUCCCCAUGCCCCAGAACGCGACUCAGCGCUGCGUCAAACACAACCACAGGAUCAACACGUCCCUCUGUGACCCUAAAAACCCCAAGUCUCAGCAGCUGGAGAUCACCAACCGCUACAUCUACGAUUCUGUGCUGUUGCUGGCCAACACCUUCCACAGAAAGUUGGAGGACAGGAAGUGGCACAGCAUGGCCAGUCUGAGCUGCAUCCGGAAGAACUCCAAACCAUGGCAGGGAGGCAAGAGCAUGCUGGAUACUGUCAAAAAGUUCGGAGUGAGCGGCCUCACCAGUUUCCUAGAAUUCACCGACAAUGGCAGCAACCCGAACAUCUUCUUCGAAAUCCUGGGAACAAAUUAUGGAGAAGACAGGGGCCGGGGAGUCAGCAGGCUUGCUACGUGGGACCCGGUUCAUGGCUUGAACGGCACGCUGACAGACAGGAAAUUGGAAAAUAACAUGAGAGGUGUGGUGCUGCGAGUGGUCACAGUUCUGGAGGAGCCGUUUGUAAUGGUGUCAGAGAACGUUCUGGGGAAACCGAAGAAGUAUCAGGGCUACUCCAUCGACGUCCUGGAUGCUCUGUCCAACUACCUGGGUUUUAAGUACGAGAUCUACGUCGCUCCAGAUCACAAAUACGGCAGCCUGCAGCCUGAUGGCCAGUGGAACGGACUGAUGGGAGAAUUGGUCUUUAAGCGCGCCGAUGUGGGACUCUCUGCCCUGACCAUCACGCCUGAGCGAGAGAGCGUUGUGGACUUCACCACACGCUACAUGGAUUAUUCUGUGGGCGUUCUGCUGCGCAAGGCCGAGCGCACCAUGGACAUGUUCGCCUGCCUGGCACCCUUUGACCUGUCGCUGUGGGCGUGCAUCGCGGGCACCGUGCUCCUCAUUGGAAUCCUGGUGUACUUACUCAACUGGCUCAACCCACCCCGACUCCCCAUGGGCUCGGUGUCCUCGACUACACUCUACAACUCCAUGUGGUUCGUGUACGGCUCCUUUGUACAGCAAGGUGGAGAGGUUCCCUACACCACUCUUGCGACGAGGAUGAUGAUGGGCUUCUGGUGGAUGUUUGCUCUCAUUGUUAUCUCCUCUUACACCGCCAAUCUUGCAGCCUUCCUCACCAUCACACGCAUUGAGAACUCCAUACAGUCUCUCCAGGACUUAUCCAAGCAGACGGAGCUGCCUUAUGGUACAGUAUUAGACUCUGCAGUGUACGAUCAGGUGCGCUCCAAGGCCAUGAACCCCUUUGAGAGAGAUCCCAUGUACUCCCAGAUGUGGCGAAUGAUUAACCGCACCGGAGCAGGAGAAAAUAACGUGGAUGAGUCAAAAGAAGGCAUCCGUAAGGUGAAGUACGGGCGGUUCGGCUUUGUGUGGGACGCAGCAGUGCUGGAGUACGUCGCUAAUAAUGACGAGGACUGUUCCUUCUACACCGCCAGCAACAGCGCACCAGACCGUGGAUACGGUAUCGCCAUGCAGCACGGCAGCCCCUACAGAGACAUUUUCUCCCAGAGGAUCUUGGAGCUCCAGCAGAACGGGGACAUGGACAUACUGAAACUCAAGUGGUGGCCCAAGGACAGCCCCUGUGACCUCUACAGCUCAGUCCAGACACGACAGCGUGGCAGCGCCCUUGACAUCCAAAGCUUCGCGGGCGUUUUCUGCGUCCUUGCAGCCGGUGUGGUGCUCUCCUGCCUCAUUGCCAUGGUGGAAAGCUGGUGGACAAGACGGAAGGGAUCGAGGGUCCCCUCCAAGGAGGUAUGGGGGAUGGAUGAGGACGAUAAGGAGAUCGACCUGGAGCACCUACACCGCCGGGUUAACAGCCUGUGCACCGAGGAUGAAAGCCCCCACAAGCAGUUCUCCACCUCUUCCGUCGAUUUAACGCCCCUUGACAUGGAUGCGCUGCCGGCCGCGCGCCAGGCACUCGAGCAGAUCAGCGAUUUCCGCAACACCCACAUCACCACCACCACCUUCAUCCCCGAGCAGAUCCAGACCCUCAGCCGCAGCCUCUCUGCCAAAGCCGCCGCUGGGUUUUCCGCUGGUUUCGGUAGCGGCGGCGUCCUCCAGGACCACCGGACUGGCGGGGUGGGUCCUUUCAGGCAGAGGGCCCCCAACGGUGGCUUCUUCCGCAGCCCCAUUAAAACAAUGUCCUCCAUCCCCUACCAGCCCACAGGUCCAGGACCCAACUUUGGAUACGGCAAUGAUCCAGACAGGGGCACCUCUAUAUGAGGAGCUGCUAAGGAUACGAGUGGAUCAGGAGGAAGAGAAGGAGGUGGAGCAGAUGGAGGUGUCAAGGUGGCAAGGGUCGGUCUUUGGAUGAUAGAACAAAUAAGCUACGCUAAAAAGUCAGAAGAUCCGUGUACAUAGGAAUCUCAAUGUUUUUUCGGUUUCUGCUUGGGUGUUACCAUUUUGUGUGUGGAGAAGACGGAGGAGGUGGAACUCAGUUUGGGCGUUCCCUUUCCCCCAUGCUGGUGAGGUGCAAAACGGGAAUGGAGACGGUGGAGCUUGAUUCUUUGCUUUAUUGUUGUUGUUCUCGUGAUUGUUUGGGGGAUUAUUUUUGGGGAAUACGUGAGGAAGGGGAUCUUUUUUUAUUGUUUGUGUUGUAUGAUAUGGGGACUGCCCCGUAUAAUGGAGACGACUUGACUAUUGCUUUUUGAACCCCACCUGAGAGGUUUACGUUACACUUCUCCAACCACAGGAAACACUUUCUGUGGGCUCCAGGGCAGCCAAUGGUGGAGACCUGUUGGUUUCAGUAGCCAUGUAACAACUCCAUGGGGCUCACACUACCAAGCAAUUAUGGGGCGAGUUGGUUAAAAAAGAAAUAUAUAAUAGUUGUUUUUUCUGAAGCCCAUUAUGAAGCCCCUUGUGGUUUUAUGAAGGUCCCAUCUCAGUGAAUUCUGGAAGAUUCCACAUUUUUCUCUGCCUUUUCACAAUGUGGGAGCCCAUACUGAGUAUCUCUCGACCAUAACCUGGGGUUCUAAAUGUGUGAGCAUCUCCAAGAAGGUGUCCACACAGUGGCCUGACUUUCCAGCUGAACGCGUGUUGACACCAUCAUGGUGCAUCGGUUUGGGAAAAACCACUGAAACGCCAUGUCAGUGCAACAGUAUGACACCGUACAAUCACCAGUUCGGUGUGUCGAUCUUAAAACUUUUUUCUGCCAUUUUGGUGCAUCAGCCUGAAACUGUUUUCGCCAUUUUGAUGCGCAUUAAAGACUCUUUGUCAGUCCCACUGCACUGUACCAGUGCCCACAGACCUGUAAGUGAUUGUAUGUAGAUCUGACCUUUUUCUUAUCUCACCUGUAUUGUGCUCUCUGCUUUUCAAGACAAGGUGAGAUCAGACUCUCAGAGGGAUACUUAAAAGGGAAGAUACAAAAAACAACUUGGGUGAAAAAAAUACAUAAAAGACAAGCCGAAAGACUUAUGCUUAUUAUAUGUCUUUUAUUGAAUUUUGUUUUUGAAAAAAUAGAUUUUAAUGCGUGGAAUGUGUUUUGGUCAGGAAGUACAAAAAAUAACAUUGUUCUGAGCUGUCUACUUGUUUUUUAUUUUCUCUCUCGGCAAACUUUGAAAAACUGCUAAAUGAGUGCUGUAGUCUCUGGUUUUGCAUCAUUAAGUCAUUUUACUUUUGAGUUUUCUUUGUUUCGCUUAAGUUCGUGCUGCCAUGACCUGGGUGUUUUAAAGGCUCAUUCUGGGAGGUCAUGAAUCAGGUUCAAGUGGUGAGAUGGGAGCUCAAUGUAUGUUGAGGAGAAGCCAUCGCAGCAGCAUCUUCAGUACCAGCCUUAUAUGUCAACUAGCUAGCUGUACCCUCCCUAACUUCCAGCUAACGAAAAAUAUCACCGUGUACUGGAAGCAUUUCAGAGCAGCAAAUCGGUGGUUGUGCUUCAGGGUCAUCAGAAUGUCAUGAAGAGACAACGGCCAUCUGAACCCAACGGCUGCCUUUGAUGCCAUGAGUCCGAAAUAUCCUUUUAUUUCAUGUCUGUAAUGUUAAGGGUACUGUUUAUAUGACUUGUUUUUUAAAGUGCCAAUUAAUUCAAAUGAGACCAUUAAGGUGCAUUUUGGGGCGGGGGUUGCAGGGAAAAGGUCCGUUAAUAGCAUUAAAGGAAUAUUUUGUGGAUCGGGGGGUUAAAUGGAACCAAAUCUUUUUCACUAACACUGUAUUAAUAAUUGAUAAUGUUAGUUGUUUAGAUCAAGUUUUCGGUUUGUUAUCUUUAAGAACUAAAACUGCAAAAUGUUGUGCGUAGAGAACUCAGUCAAGCCACAGUGUUUUAAAGCAAAGCAUUCUUAGGCAUUCUUUUCUUAUAUUAGGCUACAGUAUGGCUACUGAAUGACAAAUAGGACACAGACAUUUAAAAGGUUUUAUUUAGUAUAAAUGAAAGAGACAUUAUACAAAUGUAUAUUUUACAUGUUGAUGCUAUUUUUGUUUAACAAAAAGAAAAAAAGAGUAUAUCAUGACGAGCUUUAGUGUUGAGUUUAGCAGCCACAUUAUUGCAUUUGGUUUCCCUUUCUCUGCCCAUGGUCGACUUAAACACAUAAAGACACAAACUCGGCUUUUCUCACGUCAUCUUGAGUUCAUUUUAUGAUUUGCUGGCUAAAUAACAAAAAGCGGCAAGUUGAUGAAAAAGAAAGCAUGCACAAACUUGCUCUUGCGCUAUCUGUUAACAUUUUUUAAUUUCAGACAUAGAACUACAGGAUUUACUUGAUAAUUUUCAAAACUUUAUGAUGUACAGUAUUUAAUAUAGGCCUAUUUUGUUGUAUGUGUUGCAUAUUAUUCAAAAACUGAACAAACUGGGGCCUCUGUUACAAGUGGCAAAGCUUUCUGUGUAUAAUUUGUCUAAUAAACAGGUUUUCUACA